CCACUCCACCUAGACCCUCGACGUUUUCCUCUUCCAAUCCUCGCCGCCCACCAGCCGCUUCCAAUCGCCGUCGCUGCCAGCUGUCGUUGCCUCCCAAGCUCUCUCACAUUCUCUUCGUAUCCAGCCAUUCCUCACCCUCUGCUAGCAGUGAGAAAUCCAAUUUCACCGCUACUUAUGGCUUCCCCGCCGCCUACUAAGCCGAUUUUAGCUACUCCCGAAGCCCUCCUAGGAGAUUCCAACAACUCUCGCACCCCUCCCAGGCCUCCUCUAUUUGGAUCUGGGAGAAUUUCUACCCUCCUUCCCCUCCCGACUCCAGAGUCUUCAAUCACAAAACUCCGCCAUGGACGCAACAAUAGAGCCAGAGCUGCUGCCACCUCGACGAGGACGAUGACGGGAGGACAGAGACAGAAAUCGAAUGGUCAGAGUACAAUUUCUUCCAGAAGCCGUGCUACCCGCAUUUAAUGGAAAUCCCACCACCUCCCACAAGCAGUAUAAUGUCGCGCGUCGACGAAGAUAUAGAGAGGGAAGAAGCUCAGUGUAGCGAGUGAUGGUGGGGGGGGGGGGGGGUCACGGUUGUUACAGCACAACCAGCUUGUCUGACGGGUGAGUAGAAGACGACGACGAGGCGACCAGAUAUGAGAUUGGGACGAGGUUGAGUUUUCGGACUAGUAUAUAUGAAAAUGGUUGAAGGCGAUUACGGAGGCCAUUAAGGAGAAUUUCGAGAAGGCUGCAGCCUCCGGCAACCAGCUGUCGGAGAUGCUCAAAAUCGGAAGAGUGCAGCUUGAUCGCAGGUUCAGAGUAAACUUUUUUUUCUUUUUAAUUAAUAAUUUUUAAAAUUGACAUGUUAUUAGUUAACGGUCCAGUUAAGAGUUACGUUUUCCACGUCAUCAAAAAAUUGGCGAUGUUAACGGAGACUAACGGUUGGUGACUAACGGUGAAAUGAUUUGUAAAGUUAGUGGCGAAUAAGAAAGAAAGGUAAUUCUGGUGGCAAAUGUGAAAGAUUUAUGUAAUUUGAGUGACCAAACAUGUAAUUUAGCCUAAAAAGAAGUGUCAAAUUGAUAUGUGACUAUCUAAAAUGAUUGACAUCAGUAUUCAGAUAUUGAGGUUACAAAAUUAGAUUACCAACAAAGGUGUAACAUUUAUGUGGUUAAAAGAAAACUUGAAGUUGGCAUUGCAAGAAUAUUGAAAACUGUCUAUUUCCAUAUCUUCCCUGUCUUGUCCCUCCCACCCUCCAAAUUUCCGAUCCGAGGCCAGCCACCAGAAGAGAACAUAUAUUUUGUUAUUUUGUUUGUUUGAAUCUUUAUACUUGUGAAAAGCUGGCAAUAGCAAUCGGAGAAUCUACGAACGAUGACAGUUGCUAAAGAUUAUUGUAUUCAGUUGUUUGUUCAAGCAACGUGCGGUUCCCUAUUAUUGACCAUGUGUGCAGCGGCGUAGCUAAAAUUUUAUUCAAAAGGGUAUAAUAAAAAAUUACAUAUGCGUUUUAAUGUUUCAUAUUGUAAAAUUAUUUUAUAACUGGAUGAAUCGGUCAAACUAUCAAAAUUUCAUACUUAAUGUAUCCCAGCAAAUAACCAUUCACAAUUUCAGUUCACUAGAUACAUAAGGCUAGUCAAUCGUUUCACCGCAUAAAAUAUUAUUAACUUAUAAAUUGAUAAAUGACAGUAGCAAAUAAAAUCUAUUUUUCACAAGCAAAUACAUUGAUGAAAACUAAUUUUCUCUUCCGACUAUCGUCAUAAAUUUUUUUAAUGGUUUCCUUUAUUAAUAUGCACCUCUUCUUAUUCAACUAAUAUGCAUCUCUUAUCCAUCUUGAUAAACCAAAAAGGCAAUAUACAUGACUUGUAUAGCCAAAACUUUCGUUUUUGUGCCAAUAAUAGUCAAAUUUGGAGAAAUACCACUUAUAGCCACUUCCGUCCAAUACUUUAACGAUAUUAUUUAACAAGCUGACUGAACAAACGGAAAUGCUGAUUUAGCAAUAUUAAAUCAACAACACAUCCAGUCAUCCACGUAGAUAAAUGAAAAAUAAAUAAAAAAAUAAAAAAUGAAUAAUAAUUUUAAUAAACCCACAAACCCUAUGAGCUUCCCCUUUCUCUCCCUCCAACCUUCCCCUGAACUUCCCUAAUCUCUCUCUUCCUCCAACCUAGCCGCCGGUUUUCUCCCUCCUUAGCUACCCCAUCAAUCUUGUAACUUAAUCAUAAAUCAAAGCCAUAAAUCAAAGCCACCAUCUGCGCUGGAGAGUUUCCACAACUUCUCUAUAGCUUCCCCAUCGAUCUACCCCAAACUCUUCUUCUCUCUUUCAAAGCCAACCAUGACCCCCACCCCACCCUUCCUAGAAGAUCUCUUGCUCACCCUAUCUCUUCCUUUCUUGCCUCUUAGAAUCAUCACACACAAAUCUGCACUACAGCGACACCGCUGCAGCAAACCCUCCCGCCACACCCACCAGCUCCGUCGCAGAUUAGAAGUGCGGAUUUGGUGACAGGAUACUGGAUCUAGAAGUCGACGUAUUAGCAGAUGAAGCCGGCGAACUCAACGAAUCAUAAUAUCUAUGUUCCAGCUUCAAUUAAGAAGUCGUAGAAGAAAGAGAAGAGCGGUGGUAGUCUGGAGCUGAAGAAGGUCGUCGAUUUGUAGACAGAGACCAUUCGAAUCUCGCCGCCGAUGUAGUAGGGGAAGCUUUCCUAGCUACCACCUACCACCCCGCCGCCCCAAGACCUCAUUCACUGACCGCAAAUCCAAAAGGGGGAGUCUAUGUGUUGUGUGAGUCGAUCAGAGGGAGUACGAUGGUCAUUGCGGUUUUACCCCGUUUUUUUCAUUCCCAAAUCUAAAAGGAUACAGAGGAUCGCCGAUGGCUAGGUUGGAGGAAGCUGGUGUGGGAAGGGAGGAUGUUGUAGAAUGGAGAAAAGGGGAAAGAGGAGUAUAUUUGUGUAAUUAUUAAUUAUUUAAGCAAAAUAAUAUUUUUUCAGGAAA